AAUGAUUGAAUUAAACUAAAUUAACUAACGAAGUACAUGCAAUAGUUCAAAAUUUGCUCUAAUUUUAUUACAAAUUUGGCAAACUACAAAUGUUAUCAGUAAUCCAAUGAAUGUACCUAUCGCUAUUAAGACAAUUCUAAAAAUUCUUUGGAAAAAUCAAAAGUACUUGUAUAUUUAUUCACAAAAUGGGUGCGGGAGAUGUUUUUUCUUUUGACCAACUAAAGUUGUCAGCUCAGGGAUUGAAAAAAUGCUUAAACGAAGUAAAUAGUAGAAUGGAUAAAGUUAUUGAAGAUUUAAAGGAUCUUAAAAAUGACGACGAAGAUUUGAAAAAACAAGAAGUAAUAGAUCCUAAAGUAAGUUGUAUGGAAACUCAGGGGUAUCGUGUAUCAUCAAAGUAUUUUAACAUAUCUAAGUUGUCAACUACUGACAUUCAAGUAAAGUUGAGUGCUUCAAAAAUGUCAAUAACAAGAGUUUCAUCAGAAAGUAUCAAUAUAUUGGACAAUUCAAAAAAUCAAAUAUCACAAGAUGAUUUAAGAACUUUAAGUAUUGUGAAUACUAGUGUUUCAACAUAUGAUUUACAUUAUGCACCGCUACAACAUUUUGGUAGAAAUAUCACAUAUGGAUUUAUUGAUAGACCCCCAACAUUUUCAGAGGCCGUAGCUUACGUUGAAUUGCAAACAAUUGGUAGGAGAUUCGACGAUACUUACCGUGAGUUUGCUGCCAACAAAUUGCGGGAAUAUUUUAAUUUACGUAGACGUCUUCCAUAUGCAAUGGCAAUUGUACGACUUAAACGUGCGUUAGAAUAUCAUAUGACAGUUAAGCACAACGAGGUCCACUACACAGAGUCCAUAGAGCAAAGUGUUCCUGAUAAAAAUACUUUACAAAGGAUUUUUACAUGUGCUGGCCAAGCUAUAUAUAAUGUUUAUACAAUGUUUGUUGAAGUUCUAAAUUUCUUAACCUAUGGUAUUUUUAGUAAAUAACAGAAUAAGAAACACUUUUCAAAAUAUAAAAAUUUAACGAACGAAAUGGAAAAUUAUAUCAACAAUUUAUAAUUUACAUUUUGGAGAGAGAUCGGUUAAGAUUUACAAAUAGAACAAACAAAAAUAUAUACAUUUUAAAU